CCGUAAGCACAGGCAACCCAACGAAAGGAAAGCGGCCGCAAAGGAUGCCGGUUCUGGGCAUGCGCUGUACCUUUCUAACACCUUUUCAAAAUACGCCUGCUAAAGUAAAACUAACGCAAGAAGGUUCCUCUAAUUAACCACGCAAAAUUAAACUCUUUUAGCAAGCCAAUGCAAUGGCAAAGUCUUUAAUAUUAAAGGCACUUAAAAAUGACAUACAUUGAGUCUACAAAAGCGAAAAUAAACAGGGGAUAUACGGCGGUACCCGGCGAUGGAAAAGAGAAAGCAAUUCAUUCUAAUGAAGCCAGACAAGAGAGGGAUGUCAACGAUGGUACAACCAGCACGUGGAGAGCGACACUGAACACCAUCAACUACAUGGAAGGUUCGGGGUUCGUGGCCUUACCGUACGCAGUAGCACGAGGGGGACUCGCCGGAGCUCUGGGGUUUAUACUCGUCCCGAUCAUAUUUACGUACACGGCUCAUAUCAUGGUGGAUUGUUUGUACGAAGGAGGGAGAUACACUGAAAAGAAAAGAGUGCGUUCAAGUUAUGAAGAGAUCGCAACGGCCGUAUGGCCUCCAGCAGGAUACAUGCUCAAUACAUUAUUUGUUUUCUCAUUUUUUGACCAUUUGACAUCUUAUAACUUAGUGUCUAGCUCACUUCUGGCAGGCUUGCAGACUCCUGGUGUGGAUAUAAGUCAGAGGUAUUGGUCCAUCAUUAUCGGAGCGGUUGUUUUACCCACGUUAUUUAUUAAGACGUUUCGGUCGAUAGCGUGGCUAAGCCUUCUCGCGACGGCUGCCCUGUUGUUGGCGCUUCUUACGGUCAUCGUUUACGAUUUCCACAAUUACAAGUCUUGGGAUUUCAACUCAUUGCUAUUUUGGGAUUUGCAGGGUUUUCUUCUUGCGAUCAACAUUUCGGCAUUCUCCAAUGGCAUACAUGCGAGUGUUAUAAGUUUUGAGAAAAGUAUGUUACACAAAUCCCAGUUUUCUCUGGCCUUAGCUAUUUCUUAUACUUCAACGUGUAUUAUAAAAACCGCGUUUGCCGUCUUAGGUUUUCUCGCAUUCAAAGCCAACACCAGCGAAGUAGUCAUCUUGAAUAUCCCCCAGGGUACCAUGCGAACCGUGGUCAUCAUCACAACUGUCGUCAGUACCAUGUCAGGAUACCCUUUGGUAGUUCAAUUGCUAAUAAGCAUUAUAGAAAAGAGGAAAAUUGGAGAAUUUCUUAGUGCCCGGCUUUCGCCUUUAGCUUUUUUUGUGAUUUCACGUGUUGCUAUCGUAGUUAUAACAACUUUAGCCGCAAUAUGCAUUCCCCACUUUGCGCUUUGGACAUCUCUUGGUGGGAGUGUUGUGUCUUACGCCUUGAGUCUCUUUUUCCCGGCCGCGCUGCAUCUCGGGUUAAGACUUGACCAAGGUCUGCCCACGUGGCAGCUGCUUGCUGAUUGGUUCUGUGUUGUAUUUGCAAUGGCUGGGUCCGUGUUGGGUGUUUACAGCGCAGUUAAAGCAAUUGUGCUGCAAGCAUUCUAAAGCCCGAAAAAGUGUCGAUCAACUAAUCCUUUGAUAUAGAACUAAUCCUUUGAUAUAGUUAGUAGAUAAAAAAAACAGCAGUUCAUCUCCGAUACCAUUCACCCCUGAUACCUUAUUGACAAUAUUUGGUUGUAAGUAAACUUUGUUAUCUGCUGCACCUCAACUUAUAUUAAGUAAACAGCAAAAAUAAAACUGAAGAUAUACGCCUUG